GACAGCCUUGCUCCGCCUCCGCCCUCCGCCCCCUCCCUAUAUCUCUCCUCCCCAAACCCUAGUCCCAGCACAACACCCCAAGCUUUCUCUCUCUACCUCCCUCCCGUGCUCUCUCCCCCUCUCCCUCCUGCUCUAUCUUUCUCACCGCAAAAGCUUGAAACACCCCGCGGAGAUGGCAGAGGAGCCGCAGCCACAGGCCGCCGCCGCCCCCGCCGCCGCGGCCACGGAGGUGGUCGUCGCCGAGAAGGCGCCGGCGGAGGUGGAGAAGAAGGCCGAGGAGCCCGCGGCGGAGGCGGAGGCCGAGGAGACGGCCGCCGUUGCCGACGACGGGGGCGCCGUCGAGGCCACCGGCUCUUUCAAGGAGGAGAGCAACCUCGUCGCCGACCUGCCUGACCCGGAGAAGAAGGCGCUCGACGAGUUCAAGGAGCUGAUCGUCGCCGCGCUCGCCGCCGGUGAGUUCAAUCUGCCCCCUCCCCCGCCGCCGCCGAAGGCCAAGACUGAGGCCGCCGCAGAGGAGACCAAGACGGAGGCGCCGGCCAAGGAGGAGGCCAAGACCGAGGAGCCGGCCAAGGCGGAAGAACCAGCCAAGGAGGAGCCCAAGGCUGAAGAGCCGGCCAAGGCCGAGGCGGCAGCGGCGGAGCCAGCAGCCGAGGAGCCCAAGGCCGUGGUCGCUGCCGAGGCAGCAGCCGAGGAGCCGGCCAAGGAGGAACCCAAGGCCGAGGAGGCCAAGCCGGCCGAGCCAAAGAAGGAGGAGGAAGCAGUCGUGGUCGCCGAGGAGGGCACCAAGACGGCGGAACCGGUCGAGGAGGCCGCCGCCGCCGCCACCACCACAGAGCAGGCAGCGGCGCCGGAACCGGAGGCGGAGGCAGCCGCGCCCGAGCCGGUGUUCAUCUGGGGCGUGCCGCUGGUGGGCGACGACGAGCGCACGGACGCGGUGCUGCUCAAGUUCCUGCGCGCGCGGGAGUUCAAGGUGAAGGAGGCGAUGGCGAUGCUCCGGUCCGCCGUGCUGUGGCGGAAGCGCUUCGGCAUCGAGUCGCUCCUGGAGGCCGACCUGGCCUUCCCGGAGCUGGAGAAGGUGGUGUUCUACCGCGGCGCCGACCGGGAGGGCCACCCGGUGUGCUACAACGUGUACGGCGAGUUCCAGGACAAGGAGGUGUACGAGAAGGCGUUCGGCGACGAGGAGAAGCGCGAGCGGUUCCUCAAGUGGCGCAUCCAGCUGCUGGAGCGCGGCAUCCUGUCGCAGCUGGACUUCGCGCCCAGCGGCAUCUGCUCCAUGGUGCAGGUCACCGACCUCAAGAACUCGCCGCCCAUGCUCGGCAAGCACCGCGCCGUCACCCGCCAGGCCGUCGCCCUGCUCCAGGACAACUACCCCGAGUUCAUCGCCAAGAAGGUGUUCAUCAACGUGCCAUGGUGGUAUCUCGCUGCCAACAAAAUGAUGAGCCCUUUCCUCACCCAGCGCACCAAGAGCAAGUUCGUGUUCGCCAGCCAGGCCAAGUCCCCUGAGACCCUUUUCAGAUACAUCGCGCCGGAGCAAGUCCCCGUCCAAUUCGGAGGCCUCUUCAAGGAAGAUGACCCUGAUUUCACAACCUCUGACUCUGUCACCGAGCUCACCAUCAAAGCUUCUUCCAAAGAAACCAUUGAGAUCCCUGUCACCGAGAACUCAACGAUUGUAUGGGAGCUCCGGGUGCUCGGCUGGGAGGUCAGCCACGGCGCGGAGUUCACCCCCGACGCUGAGGGCGCGUACACGGUCAUCGUGCAGAAGACAAGGAAGGUCCCCGCGAAUGAGGAGCCCAUCAUGAAGGGCAGCUUCAAGGCCGGCGAGGCCGGCAAGAUCGUGCUCACGGUCAGCAACGCCGCGUCGAAGAAGAAGAAGCUCCUCUACAGAUCCAAGGUGAAGUGCAGCACCGGCGAGUCCGUUGAGGCCGACAUUCCAUGACCACCAUUGGAGUCAGUCCCUGAUGAUGAUAGAAGAAGAAGAAGAAGAAGAAGAUAAACCGCCUUUUUGGUUUUUGUUCUUUGAUUCCAUUGGUUUUGUGGUUUUUGGUUCGCAUUCCCGCAUUUGUUUAAUUAUUAAAAUUAAAAACCCAAAGUGAGCUUGAUUUUGUGACGGUACAGUAGUUGGGAGAGGAAGGUUGGUAUGGAUGGGAUGAUAUAAUGGCAUCGUGAUGGUUGUUGAGGGUAGGGCAAGAGGAGAAAAAUGGAUGAUACAAUCUGCUGCUGCUCUGUAAAUUUGUCUGUACAUUGUUGCAA